UGGGAGAGCGCGACCGCCCCGUCACUCUCGCGCCACCGUCUUACCGUUCGCGCGGAAAUCUCCAGUGCUUUUGAAUCAUUUCUGCUCGCUCGCUGAUUGCGUAAGAUCCAUUAUUGUUCAUUUCUGCUAAUCUAAUCUCGAAACCCUAGGAUUGAACUGCUUCAUUCUCCGUUGAUUUCUGGGUCCGGCGGGUUGAUUAUUGCAGAUUAAUUAAUUUCUUGAAACUUUUAUCUUAUACACUAGCCAGUUCAGUUAAAUAGAGGGCGACCAAGAAUCAAGGAAAAAAGAAAAUAUGUCGGGCAUAUCCCUCGCGGUGGCUCCUCGAACUGAGCCCGGGCCAACCAACACCCCAUCCACAAAACCACAGCAGAAGCCCCCCAACCUCCGCCAGCAGCAGCAACAGCCGGCAGUUGGGGGCAUAAUGGGGUCCCUGCGUGUUAUAGAACUGCAAUUGGUGGCUUUCAUUAUGGUCUUCUCUGUUAGUGGUCUAGUUCCCCUUUUCGAUCUCGUAUUCCCAGCCUUCGCCUCUUUUUAUCUUCUAGCACUGUCACGCUUUGCCUUCCCUGUAAGCAGUAGCACCACCUCAGGGUCGCAGGAGCUCUUCCACGGAAGCAGGUUCUUUCAAUUCUACGUCGUCGUGGGAACCACAGUGGGGCUGUUCUUGCCACUGGCAUACGUGCUAGGGGGGUUUGCUCGGGGCGACGAGCAUGCCGUUCGGUCAGCUACCCCCCACUUGUUCUUGCUUUCAUUUCAGAUCCUAUCAGAGAACAUAAUUAGUGGGCGGGUGUUCUUCUCACCACCCGUUAGGGCCCUCGUGCCGAUGCUUUAUACGAUCCGGAGAAUCUUCGUGAUCAUUGAUUGGAUGCAUGACGUCUGGCUUAACAAAUCUCUACCUGCAAAUGCAAUAUUCAAGGACGCUGCUUGGCUUUGGUUUGGGAGGGUUCUUGCAGCGGCCAAUCUCGUGUACUUUUCGAUUAAUCUGUUUUGCUUUUUGAUCCCUCGGUUCCUUCCGAGGGCCUUUGAGAGGUAUUUCAGGGAGAGAGAUGAGAUCCAUGCCAAAAUGUCAGAAGACAAGCGGUCUGCUGUUGCUAACGCAUCCCAACCAGCUAAUAAGAAAGGGGAUUAAUUAUAUUCGUGAUAUGUGUAGCUUUGUUGUUUUGCGAGUUCAAACUCUAUUCCACUGCCCCUGGGCACUUUAUGGUCUUGUUAACUCUCUAGUAUUUUGUACGCCUGGACUCUGGUGUUUAGCUGAUUUUCUUACGUUCUACAUCUAUCUUUUAUUAGAUUUAUCAUUAUUUAUGACAGGAACUGCUGGCCAUGGUUGAAGAAAA